UUGGAAGAAAUUCAAGAAAAACUGGAUGAAGUAAUGCAUAAACAGAAAGCCUUUGAAGCAGAGCUGGAGGAAGAAUCUCAGUCUCAAGGAAGAUCUCUGCAACUGGAAGAAAGUCAGGUAAAAAUGAUUUUUUUUUUAAAGGCAAAGUUAUCGUUUUGACUGAUUUUAAGUAAGAGUUUGGAAAUAUUAUCUAAUAUGAUAAUGUUAAUUUUUUUAGAAAAGUAAGAAUAACAUUUUUAAAAAAAAAUAAAAUCUAUACUUUUCUUUACUCAAGCAAUCUUUAAAAAAAGUUGGCUCAUAGUGCAUUCAUAAUAGCAGUCGAAUCAAUUUCUUCCAUAUGUAAUUUCCCCUUCAGGUUCAGCAGUACAAUAGACUCAAGGAAGAGGCUGGUCGUCGAGCUGCAGAAUACAUGCAGGAACUGGAUGCCAUCAUCAGAGACCAGAAGAUGGACCAAGACAGGCUGGACAGCUGCCUCAGAGACAUUGCCACAUAUGAAGCCAAGCUCAAACAGAAGCAGCAUGAGCUUGAAGAAAAUAAAAAUCGUGUUUCCAAAUUGGAAGAUUACAUCACGUAAGCCAAGAAGUAUCUUAUUGGAGUUCCAGCUAUUUUAUGCCACCUUAAUUGCUUUAAUAGUUUAAUUACUCUGAUUUUUUUUAAUGAUGGGAAAGAAAUACAUUAAAUGUAUUGAUAUUCUUCAUUUGAUCAAGAUAAAAAUCAUAAUUCUUUUUUUUUUCCUUAAAAAAGUCAAGAUGGUAUCAUUUUCAUAUUAAUUAAAAUAAAAAUAUAUAUUUUGUUUUGAAUUACUUAAUAGUUUUAGAUUAGCUUUAAAAAAAAAUGAUUUAGAAUGCUUUUGGGAAACUUGAUUUCUAUCUUUGAUUUUAGAACGAGCCGAUCUGCACUGGAAGACCAGAAGAAGGUUGAACAGGAGCUGGCUAAAGAAGUCAAUGAGUCAACUUACAGGAUUGAUGAAAUCAACAGAGAGUUAGAGAGUAUAACCAUGCAACUUGGGGAAGCAAAGGUAUGCACAUUAAUAUGGUACAUCUAACAGAACUGUUUACUCUUACGAUUUUGAGGUGUAUACAUUAUAUAUACAGCACGUUUUUGCUCUAUAAAGAGAAUGUAUUGAACGAUUAUAUGAUGAUAUUGUACGAUUUUGAGGUUAAACAGGUCUGAUCUAAUAUAUUUAAAACACUAAUUUUUCAUUCAUUACAUUAAAUACUUGAACUUCACCUUAUUAGAGGCCGCAGUGCAGAAAUCAUUAGGAAAGAAUAAUCAUGAUUGAAAUGGCCAGAGACUAAUUUUAAAGGAUCUCAUUUUCCACGUGUGUAAUGGGAGACGUAACUUUUCAAACAGGUUGACAGACAAGAGUCAUCUCGUGCAACCAGGAAAGCUGAACUGAUUGACACACUGAAGCGCCUCUAUCCAGGAGUGGUAAACAACUACUUUUAUUGCUUUAUUAUGAUUUAAUUUGGUGACAAGCAUAAAAAAAAGUAAAUAAACUAAACGAGUAAGACUGUCCUUUAUUUUGUGUCUAUGAGCUUCAUUGUUUCUUUUAAAAGUUUCAGUUUUUGCAGUGUACUAAAAUAAUAGGAUUUUUACAAACUUGGGUAACUUUCUGAACUUUGUUGUCUUUUCAUCAUGUCUUUUGUGUAUGGUUUUUCUCUCACACCUAUGAGUACCUAAUCUAAUCCUCUUAAGGCAUAAAAUUCAGCAGGCAGCCUAAGCUCAUAAGUACCCCUUCUUGCCCAGAAAGUUCCUACUAUCGCAUUGACCUCGAAAAUACUUGCCAAGUAGCUGGGAUUGAACUGUUACCUAGGAACAGUCCCCCUCAUGGGCUGUAUAAAAAUAAUCUUAAGUAUGGGCUGCCACUACCAACCAUAUUACUCAUAUACAUCAAAGGCAACUAGUAAUCAUGAUCUCUAACCUGUUUCUGCUAUUUUCCGACAGUCGAUACAGCUGUCAAUUAGGUUCUAUGGAUUUAAUUUUCGGUAGAUACCAUGCAUGAUCUUUUUGUGACCACGCAGGUCCAAUGCAUGGAGGUGAUGUGCCCUUUGUAGCGCUAGGGGGGUGGGUGGCAGCAUCUCUAUUCCAACAUUAAGCUACAGACUUUUUGACCAGUGACCUGGGGUUCCUGUUGAGUUCCUAAAUUUUUCAGUUAAUGUGCUAUUCCUGAGGUGGGGAGGAUCAUAGUGAGUUGAUUUGGCAAUUACAAUCUUCCAUUUAAUUUUAAUAAAUUUUCAUAGGCCACACUCAUUGGCUUUUUAAAAAAAAAAAUCUAGUUGUAACGAAAGAAGAUAAAAACAUAUGGAUUUAUCUUAUAUAAAUAGAGCUUUAGUCAUGAGUGCAUCAAUAAAUUUUAGUAGAACAAUAUAGGGUAGUUUAGUUAAUAGGCGACAUUAAAGAGCAUCAUACGUGACUAAUUGCCACCCAUGCCACAUCCCAAAUAAUAGGCAGGGGCUGGUUGGAAUUUGUGAGGUGAAUGAGGGUGCUUUUGGCAUUAGAAGGUUAAAUAUAAUAUUUAAUUUCAAAUGUUGAAAGUUUUUUGCUCAUAUUUUCAAAAACUUCUCUAUUUUCAAUUUUUAGUUUCUUGAUUAGAAGCAUUACUUUCUUUCAUUUUAGCCUUAUCACUAAUUGCACUACAUUUUUUUCAGCAUGGUCGUCUCAUUGAUUUGUGUGAACCCAGCCACAAAAAAUAUCAUAUAGCAGUUACUAAAGUGCUAGGCAAGCACAUGGACUCAAUUGUUUGUGAUUCAGAGAAGACUGCCAAGGAUUGUAUCCAGUAUAUGAAGGAGCAGAGGAUUGAACCAGAAACUUUUUUGCCCCUUGACUACUUGGAUGUGGGACAGAUCAAUGAGAAAUUAAGGUAGGUAGCAGUGGGAAAUCCGACGGUCAUUCAAAACAAAUAUAGUGUCAUUGAUUUCCUAAAAAGAAAAUUCACAAAUUUCUUUGGUGCCGGUAUUUAAAGUUUUGAAACAUUUUAUUUGUAGAAUUGCCUUGUCAUUAUAGUUUUUAAAAGUACAAUAAUUCAACACUGAUUUUUGCAAGGCACAUAAAUAAUCCUUUUUUUUUAUACACCCGUUGUCAUGUGGACAUUAUCAAAGAACCUUUUAGAUUCACGUAGCAGCUCUUUAUGAAUAUGUUAAUUUGAGUAUGAUGAUAUUGUCUUUCAGAAACUUCACCUAGUCAAACUGUAUUCACUGUACCAUAACAAUGCUAUAUAUCAAGUAGCUAGUUGACGGAAAUAUUUACACUUUUUUAAAAAUAAUCUCUUUAUUUGAGCAUGAAUAUUCAUAAGCGGGGAGCAAUGAUUAAUGAUAGCUACAAAAAUUCUCAGAGACAUCAGGGACCCAAAAAAUGUGAAACUUGUCAUUGAUGUUAUCCACUAUGACCCCCCUGCUAUCAAGAAAGCAUUGCUGUUUGCUUGUGGCAAUGCCCUUGUCUGUGAAACAGUGGAGGAUGCUCGGCGUGUUGCAUUUGGAGGAGUUGAAAGACAGCGGGUAAUCUAAUACUAGUUAAAAAUAAUGUUAAACUAAUAAAAUCAUGUCUUCUCCUGCAAAAUAAAAAAAGUGAUUUUUUUUAGGCUAACCAAUUAAAAGAGGAUUGGACUGCAAUAAAGAAUGAGAUGCCAGUUUUUGUUAUAGAACGUUCAGUUAGGCGUUAAUGAAUUUCUUUAAAAAGUAAAUCUUAUUCAUUAAAAAACAUUAAUUUUUUAUGUCAGUUAAUUUUUUUACCAAUAGUAUUUUUCUUGAACCAUUUUUACCUCUGCAUAUUUUAAAGAUAUUAGUUAAUUGAAUGGGUAUAAAAGAUUACAGUUUAAAAAAAAAGUUAUUUAAAAAAAAAAAUUAUUUAAGAAAAAAGAUUUGUGUUAAUAAUUAUUUAACUACUUUUUAAUAUGCUAUUUUUUUUCAGUCUGUGGCUCUAGAUGGAACUAUCUUCAACAAGUCUGGCAUUAUCUCAGGUGGCGCAAGGUAUAAUAAUUAAUAUCUUAGUGACUUCUGUCUAGUCAACAAUAGAAAAUAAAAUCUAUACUUUUCUAUUCAGAAUCAUAACUUAAAUCAUUUUGUGCUUCUAGUUACUAUUUUUAAAUUUAUUUUUUAGUGAUCUCAAAGCUAAAGCACGUCGUUGGGAUGAGAAGAGCUUAAGUUCACUAAAAACCAAGAAAGAGAAACUCAUGGAAGAGCUGAAAGAACAGCAGAAGAGAAAACGUAAAGAGUCUGAGCUGAACACCAUCAGAUCUCAGAUCAAAGGCUUGGAAACUCGUCUAAAGUACAGCGUUACAGAUCUGGAAAACACGGUGGGCAAAACUUAAGUGCUCAUUUUUAAACUGUCUAUUUUUCAUCUGUGAUAUUUGAAUAUUGUUUAAAUUGUGUUUUGCUAUUACUAAAAUGGCGCGUUGGUGGUUCUACACAUGCUUGGAGGAUUGGAUUGAUAACAAAAAAAAUACAGUCAAUUUCAGAUCACUGUAAAUAGCUGUAUGUUUUGAAGAUAGAUGAACAUUAAAAAAAAAAUCUGUUCAGAUUCAAACAGUAAUAAUCACUUUUAAGUAUAAUUUGAUGAUGGUGCGAGAUUUGGGCAUUGUCCCUGGUGUAAUUGUUUUCCUCAUGUUCCUGUAGGGGGCUGAUGUAAAUAUUAAUUGUAAAUGCAUUGGGUUACAGUGUAUUCUCUAUAUCAAGUUGCUCACAGCUGAAAUAUAAUGCAGACUUGCUGAUGCAUCAGCUGUUUUCAAAUAUCCAGGAAGACUAAUGAGAGAUAAUAAUAGAAUCCCUAAUGCAAAAUGAAGCACAAAUUUUUCAUGUCUUGUUUAUAUUAUUGGAAAUAUUAAGUGAGGUUAAACACAUGAAGCGAGUGGCUGUUAGUUUUUUUAAGUCUUUUACUUAAACAAUGAUUAUUUUUUAAAGUCUGAAUUUAAAACAAAUAUAUUUUAUUUAGUAUUGUAUUGGAUACAUGUUAUUAACAAGUCCAAUAAUUUAAAUAAUAAUUCUGUUGAAACUUAUUGCUUGAGUGCCAUUGAUCUUUAAAAUAUUUAGUUAUUAAUCUUAUUUAUUUUCAGAGAAACAGAACAAUUAGACAUAAUGAGAAUCAGAUUGCAGAAUGUCAGAUGAAAAUUGAAAAGGCAAUGGUAGGUAUAUUUUUAUCUUUUAUUUCUUUAAAGUCAGUUGACAAUUUUGAAAAUUUAAAAAAAUUGUAAUUAAAUUACAUGAAAAACAUAACCAAUAAAAUAAAUAAAUAUUGCAGACAAUUAUUGUUUUUUAACUGUGAGAAAGCCAUGUUGGCUAGAUGUGAAGAUAAACAAAUUGAUUUUGUCUAGCAAUGCAUUUGGUCUUUCUUUAAACUUUACCUUUAGGAGCAUUCAGAUCAAUUUGAUUUUUGUUUGUCUGGACUAAACCUAUCUUUCUUAUGAAAUAUCCCAUUUGUUUUAGCCUGAUCAACAAAAAUUAGAGCGCAGUAUUGAUGCAAGAGAAGUAGACAUCAAGCAGCUGAGAGAUGAGAUGAACAGAGUAGAGGAUGCAGUGUUUAGUGAUUUCUGCGCUGUGAUAGGUGUACCAAACAUCAGGUAUAAAUGUGUUGUGUUUAGGGAUUUAUGUGCUGUGAUAGGUGUACAAUACUGGUUAUGAACGUUUCUUUUUAUUAUUAUUAUUAUUAUUAUUGGUGAUCUUAUAUAGCGCUGUACCCCCAGCCUAGUGCGGAGAUCACCGCGCUGCACAUAAAAAUUAUUAGCAAACAUAAUCAUGAAAUUAAAAAGUAACAUACAUUUAUUUAAUUACAAAACAGCUGUAGAAAAACAAAAACAAAUGUAUAUUCAUACCACCCACCGACCCCAGAACUUUUUCAUGUCAAGCCAUGGACGGCAUCAUUUAAUCGGUCAAAUGGGGGAUCAGUCGGGAUAGUAGAGUUUAAAGAGAUGUGUUUUGAGUGCAGUUUUUAAGGCCUGUAUGGUCAGUAUAUUGUGGAAAGAAUUCCAUUGCUUGGGGACGCAGAAAGAGAUUUUAUGCAUGUAUAAUGCAAACUCCUAUUUUUAACUAGCCUUUUUUACCCAAAAUAUCUCCCUGUAAUAUAAUUAAUAUGUUUGCUGAGAUUAAAGAAAAUUUAUAUUUGUUUAGAUUUUCAAUAAUAUUAAUAUUGUUUUUUUUAAAAACAUUUCAGACACUAUGAGGAGAGGGAGCUGAGAGCUCAACAGGAGAGGGCCAGGAAACGUAUGGAGUAUGAGAACCAGCGGCACAAACUUGAGAACCAACUGGAGUGUGAAAAAUCACAAGAUACACUGGGUAAUAUAAAUUGUUGUCAUUGCUUUUCAUGUCAUAAUGAUUCAAUACAGAUUAUUUGUAGCGAUAAUGGCCAAAGUUUGCAAGGAUGAAUUUCACCAAAAUGCCUAAUUAUUUAUAUUUUUUUUAAACAAAUAUUUUCUUUGGAAAACCUCAUUUUUUGACAAAUUAUAAAUUUAUUGUAAUUUAAUGAUAAUUUAAUGUAAUGGUAAGAAGUUCAUGGAAUUCAAAAAUUAACCUAAUUAAUAUUUUAGAAAUUGAGUGAAGCCUAAUUAACACUUAAUACACUCAUUAAAAAACAUGUUCAUUCAUAAGCUGUCCCUGUUUUUAGUAAGUAAAAGCCUGAAAAGUGUGUAGCCUGCUCAUAAGCUGAUCACUUAAGAAAAGAUAAGAUAAGAGUCUUUUAUUGAUCCAAACAAAUGGAAAAGUUUUUUGAUUGCAUUGUACAUAUACAGCACAUAAAUAAAACAAUUUGAACACAAGACAGCUACAUUAAAUUAUUUCACUAGGGAAAAAACAGCUAAUUCUCUUAGCCAUGUCAUGGACUUAGUAGCAGCAAUAGGGUAUCGAAGCUAAUGAAAUUAUUAUUGUUUAAAUCCAAACUUGAAAAAAAAAAUAUUUGGAUGUAAAAUGAGUUUUCACUUAUGUUAACCUUCUUGAAUCAUUUUUAUCUAAUUGCUUUUCUCUAAUAGUAUAUAAUCAAUGUACUUAUAGACAGUUAUAAAAAUCUCCUAUGACCCGCUAAAAAGCCUACCACCCCAAUUAUUCCUCUGAAGUAUUUUUGUUUAAAAUGUUAUCUAAUGAACUAGUAUGAAAUGAUAGUGAUUCUUUUCAUUAGUGUUUACAAGUGUUGAUGCUGUUUGAGUGCAACACGCUAAUCUAAGCUGAACUUAUUAUUUAUUUCUUUGUUGUUUUUUGUGUGAAUAUCUUCACCUUAAACAAAAUGUCUGUACAAACCUGCUCCUAAUGAAAGUGUUGACUGUUAUUCAGAUGUGGUGAACAAGUGGCAAGAAACUGUCAGUAAAACAGAAAAGGAGGUGGAUAAAGUGAAAGAAGAGGAGGCUCAACAGAUGCAGGUAAACUGAAAGGUUUCAUUUAGGUAAUCUAGCCAUUUUGAAAGAGAGAGAUAAGAAUUUUUUAUUUUUUUUAAAGGAAAUAAAUAAAUAAAGGCUGCUAAAAAUUACCUCAGUUAAUUUUUUUUUAUCUGUUCAUAAAGGAAUGUUAUUUUUGUUAAAGUUUAUUUAUUUGAAAGUGGAAUGGAUGCACUACUUUAUUUAUGUACAUGUUAAUGUUUAUGUCACAUAAUUUAAGACAAAUUUUAAAAAAUGAUAACUUAAAUGACAAAGAGGAGAAAAGGUUUUGUUUAAAUUUAAGCUUUUGUAGAUUGAUCUGGAAUAAGUUUAUAAACCAAAUGAACAAAUAGCUCAUAAUCUGCCACACAAUAUUGUUUGCUUAUUCUCUUGGUAACAUUUCAUAAAGACAAGCAAUUAGUUUUUUCACGUUUGGCACAAAUCUUUGGUAAGCAUUUGGUUAAAUAUUUAUGUUUUAACAGAUUAUUGAAGAGGAGAUGCAACGUCAAGAAAAGCUAAAACAGAACAAACUGACGUUCAAGUCACAAGUGGAUGACAUGGAGGGGGAGAUCAAUGAAGUACGCAAGAGGUUAACUGUACAACAAAAAGAAAUCGCUGCAGUUCAAAAGGGCAUUAACGGUCUAGAGGUCAAGCUAGAACAAAGACGAGCAGACAGGCAUAGCUUAUUGAAAAGUUGUAAGGUAAGGGGGUCUUUGUCAAGUUAAAAAAAUAAAUAAUUUUAAAACUGUUUUGAAAUACUUUGGUUAUAAUUGUUUGUUAAUUACUUUUAUAGUAUCUAAUGUGAUCCUAAAAUAAUUUUUGCCAAGAUAAACAUUUUGACAAAUGAAGAAAAAAAAAAUUCUGCAGAUGGAAGACAUUCGAGUACCUAUGCGCAGAGGAACAAUGGACGAAAUUGCUGAAGGAGAUAUCGAUGGCAGUCAAGAAACUCCAGUUGACUCUAUGAGCAGCCAAGGUGCUAAAGCCAUUUAUGAGCGAGAAGCAGCUUUAGAAAUCGAUUACAGUCAGUUGAAUGAGGAGUACAGAGAGGUGAUUUUAAAAAAGAACUUUUCUGGCAAUAACUUGAAUAUGACAAACACUUUCUAUUUCUUGUCAUUUCUUCAUUUGCUGAACAUUCUUCUGUUUUUGUGUGCUGUCUGUCUGUUUCAAGCUUCCACAUUCCAUGUUCUUUUAUUUCCUGAACGCAGUCCUUUAUUUAUUAUCCUUGAAUGAAGUAGUAUUUGAAUUUAAAAUUUAAAAAACAUUUCUUGUAAUGUAAUUUGUUUAAAGUUGAUCAAAGAAUAGUAUUAAAAUAUAAGAAAAUAUUCAAUUUUGUAAAAAUAAUAAUUAAUAAUAUUAAUUUUUAAGUUGUUUUGUAAAACCUGCCAGAAAAUGAAACAGUUUUUAAACAAAAUCAUUUUCUGUUGAAACAGUUUAUGUUUUCUAUAAUGUUAGAGCAUCUAUAUUUCUAAACAAAAUUUCAGCUUCCUCUAAAAAGCUCAAUUUUUAAAAAAAAAUCAUUAUUUGGAUAAACAUACCUUAAACAUUUGUUUCAGUAAAAAAAUAUAUCAAAGUGAAGAAGAACGUGUACGUUUUUUUAAAAAUCUACUAAUUAAAGAGUGCUAUUUUGACCUUUCAACUUUUACUCUAUAAAAUCUCUGUUUCCAGUUCCAUUGUAUUAAACCUUUUUUGAGUUUAUUAGUCAUAUUUUUAAAUGCUCAAUCCUUGUUAUGCCUUUCCUUGUAAACAAAAGACAUAAUGUUUAUCCUAUAUAUGGUGUUUGGAAACAAAAUAGAUGUAGACCUUUUGGGCACACAUAGAUUGUGAUUAUGUAUUAUUAAUGGCGUAUACAAUCAAGCAAUAAAGCUAUUGCGUAUAUUUUGGUUAGGGGUUAAUGUUAAUUCAUUAAAUGUUAAAAUUUAAUUGUAGUUUGUUAAUUCUUGUACAGCUUGACUCAGCAGAAGAAGAAAAAGCAGCCCAGCAGACCAUGGCCAAAGCAAUAGCAGAUCUUCAGAUCACAUUACAGAAAAUUAAUGCUCCUAAUAUGAAAGCCUUAGAAAAGUAAGCCAGUUUCAAUUUACUUUGUGAAGGUGUCCAGUGAUCCCCUUGUAGUGUAAAAAGUGACAAAAUUGCAAAUAAAUGAAAUUGUUCCAUUUGUAUUUGUUACAGAUUAGAUGGUGUAAAAGAACGAUUUCAAGAAACAUCAGAAGAGUUUGAGAAUGCAAGACGAAGAGCGAAGUCGGCAAAGACAGCAUUUGAAAGAAUCAAGAAAAAACGUUACGACACAUUUAUGCAUUGUUUUGAUCAUGUCUCUGUUAAAAUAGAUGAAAUUUAUAAGGUGAAUUUCUUUAUUGUUUGUUUGUUGUAAAAGAAAAUUGAAAUAAGGGCACAGCUUGUGCCUCAACAGCUUUUUCCCUUUUUGUGUAAGUUUCUUAAUUUGAAAUUUCCCUUUGCAUUUUAUGUUGUCAAGCUUUUCAACAAUAUUGGCACAACAAUUGUGUGAAGUUAAAAGGAGUCUAUUCUUACCAUUUAACAUACAGGAUUAAGUUUUUAUACCUUACUUUUUUUUAAAUUUAUAUAUUUUAAAAUUGUAAUGUGAAGAAUGCGAUAAUUUCCUAUUAUUUUAUUUUCAAUUUUUGUUUGAACAUUUUUAUUCCCAGUCUCUUGCCAGAAACCAAUCCGCCCAAGCAUUUUUAAACCCUGAAAACACAGAAGAGCCCUACCUUGAUGGCAUCAAUUACAACUGUGUGGCCCCAGGGAAGAGGUUCAGACAAAUGGAUAAUUUAUCUGGUGGUGAAAAAACUGUGGCAGCUCUUGCUCUUCUGUUCUCUAUCAACAGGUACAUGUUUGGGCAUUUAAGUCUUUCUUCUUUUCACCCUAACAUUAUGAUGAAAAAUCAGUAGCUCAUCUUUAAGAUUUAUUAAGGAAUGUAAAGUGUUUUCCUUCAAGUGAGUCUUCUUUCCUUUCUUGACCAGUUACCAACAGUCUCCCUUUUUUGUCCUUGAUGAGAUUGAUGCCGCGUUGGAUAACACAAAUAUUGGCAAGGUAAAAAAACAUUUAACAAUAAUAUAUUUGAUUCAAACUUUGCUACUGAAAAAUACUGUGAGCCGCAUGGAUGGUCUUUCAAACAUUGCUAGUUAUACUGUGAGUAAUAUUGGUAGCAUUUCAAACACUACUACUUAUACUGUGAGCUGUAUGGGUAGCAUUUCAAACAUUGCUACUUAUACUGUGAGCUGUAUGGGUAGCAUUUCAAACAUUGCUACUUAUACUGUGAGCUGUAUGGGUAGCAUUUCAAACAUUGCUACUUAUACUGUGAGUGGUAGGGAUGUCCUUUGUUGGGACUGAGCAUUAUGUGUUUACUCUUAAGUGAUCUUCUUUAAAAUGCCAUGUUUUCAAUCAAAUGUGUUAUUUCAGGUGGCAGCUUACAUAAGAGAACAGUCAGGGAAGAGUUUUCAAUGUAUUGUUAUCUCACUUAAAGAAGAGUUUUACAACAGAGCUGAUGCACUCAUAGGAAUUUACCCUGAGGUAAUUUUGUUGUAUAGAGAACUCAAUUAAAAAUCUCAUUUGCAAUCAAGUGUUCACCAUGCUGAAUUUUGAAACGAAAUCGGGCACGGAAUUAGGGAAAAUCACUUUUUUUUUUUUUUUUUUUUAUUUUGGACUGAAACUUUAAAAAACUUUUUUUCAAAAAUUAAAAUGAACCUCUAUCAGCCCCCUAAGUUAUUUGUGUUUUAUUUAAUGUCAAUUAAUGUGAUCAACUUGAAGUAUAUUUGAAAUAUAAAGUAACUGAGAAUAAUUGCAAUAAUAUUUCAGCAAGGUGAUUGUGUCAUCAGUAACAGCAUGAGCCUGGACCUGACAGAUUACCCUGACCCACAUGCCCAUGAACAUGAUGAGAACUACUACCCAAGAUAGAUGUCUUUUUUUUUUUUUUCACUCCUCAUAAUCACUUCAGUGUAAAUUACUCCAUUUCUCACACACUUUCUGUUGUAGUUAUAAUUUAAAGGUUGCUGUUGUGGGAUUAAAGAUGUAAUUGUUUUCUGAUUCUUUGUGAACUCGUGACUGUGUUUAGAUACAAGAAUACCAGACGUUUAACUUUAUUUUAAUGCACUGAACAUUAGCAUGUAUGGCGAUAUAUUUCUACCGCAUUUUGAAGGUUGUAUCAAAAUGGCUCAUAGACUUAUGUUUCUCAUCUCAGUAAAUUAGAAUUGGAAAUAUGAAUUAUCUACCAGUGUGUUAGAUAGCAAAUCAAAUUGUUUUUUAGUAGUUCUUUUCUUCAUAAUGUGGCAGGUCAAUUAGCUCAGAUUUCAGUUACUACAAAGUUAUUUGUGAGCUUGAAGGAAGCAGUGAAUAUCAGGUUUAUUUAAAACUGCUUAUGUCUAUGCCAAUAGUUAGUUGCUGACCUAAUUUUUAGUAAUAAUUGAAAUCUGUUAUUUACCAUUUUCCUAUGAUAGUAUUUAUUAUGUCUAAAACAACCAACACCCUAACAAUAAUUUAUAGUGUAGAAUUGUUGGAGUGACAAAACAAAAAGAAGGGACAUAACCAUAUUGAAAGCUAGUCUUUAUUUAAUUUUUUUUUGCAGUAGUUUUUCCUUUUUAAUAGUGAAAAUUACUUUUGUUUAAUAUUGCUGCUAGUAAGGGCUAGCGAGUGACAUUGUUCUAUGUUCGUUGGCUAAUAGCUUUAUCACAAGAGUUCUCUAGGACCCAUGCGUUUGUGCCACUCAAAGAAUGACACUGCAUUUAUUAUAUUACUUUUUGAGUAUCUUUGAUGAUGUGACUUGUUAAGUUGUAGCAAAGGAUUUCUUUCUUGAUUAAAUUUUCAAUGUUGAGGUUCAUUUUUCCUUCACUGUCAUGGAUUCAUCUGUUGUAUAAAUGUGUAUUAAAAUUUAUUUCAAGACUUCUA